ACUCUCAGAGCGACUACUACCAUGAACUCUGAUCCUGCUCACGAUAAUGCAAGGGCUCUCAGGCUUCAAAAGCUUUUUAACUCCAUCAUACACGGAAAGACGCGUCUUUCCCCUCAGAACAGUAACCUCUUCAUCGAGGCCAUUUCUCUUCAAGAAGAUGCAGUGUCUUGCAUCGAUAAGGUCAUCACCAGUGCCAACGGUCUUGCUAGCGUUCAAAACGCUAUGCGAUUUGACCUUACGCCCAAGUUCUUGAAUGGCUCUGCCACGUCCCUUCUGCAGUACCUUUCUGCUCCCGAUCUCUCUGGGAUCGGCGGCGGCGUUCCACUGGUCAAGGUCGUUAAGGCGAUCGUCGAGCCCCCAAUUUUCUGGUCCGCAUUCCAUCGUGCGUUCCAAGCUAGUGAGCUGGACGAGAGGGCGCAACGCUGUUUUGCGUGGCUUCUCCUCCAGCUAAUUCAGCUGCCGGGAGAACAGGCGGAUCCUUAUCGAGACCUUAUAGCGAAUACUACUAUUUCGGAGACCCUUCUCUCAACGACAUCUCACGAGACGAGGGCCUUGGCGUACGAAAUCAAAAACAUUAUCGCGACUCGUAGUGCUGGGGUUAUACCCACGCAUUUCGGGCCAGGUGGUCGACACGACAACGAUUUUGUCGAUUAUCAUGAUAUCGCCAUCUUGCCUACGGGAGAUGAGAUCCUCAGCGAGAAGCCCGCAUUUCUUCGUACAAGUAAUGCUGUAGACGAGAUCGAUGCUGAUCUUCGCCUGGCGACGCACCUGUGGGUCGAGAGGACAUGUUGUAUGAGAUGCGGGAUGACCUUCACCUCGCUUUCGGAAAGAAAUCAGGGAAGUACAGAGGAGUAUCGUUCAAGGGCCUGUCCCUCCUCAGUAUUCACAACGAGUCUGGGGGGAAGAAGUGUCGAUGGGGUCUUGUCUUCCGUUGCGCUCAUGAUUUGUGGCAGUUGAAGAAGGUGAAGGAUAAAGAACGCAAGAAGUUCUUAGGCGAUCAUCGCAACAUUUUCAAGCACCAAUCCUUUACAUGUCUUCUCAUCGACGGCCAAAUUACUGCUUUCAUGACAGUGUAUCGUGACGAGGAUCGCCUAUCAAAGAAACCUCCGGAAAUUGUCCUGCAGCUCGAAGGCCAGAAAGACGUUACUGCGACCAUGUUGAAAUUGGCCAUGGCGAGGCCAGAUAACAUCAGUCUUUACCAGAUUGAUACUGCCAUAUUUGCAUAUGAACCCAUCCUAGCCGCGUUGCAGGCGACCC